GCUUGCUUGCGUUAGCUCUUGUCGUGUGUAUCAACAGCUGAGGCUGAGAGAGAUCUGACGUUGGGUGUGGUAGCCCAGGCAGCGCGGCAGCAGCAGCAACACCGGCGCUGGAACGUUUGUGUUAGCACAGCAGCAGUAGUAGUGAGGUGGCCAUGGCUGUACAGCAGCAGCAGCGGGGGCGGCAUCGUCCGGGGUGCGGUCAAUCGCCCCGGCAAUCCAACCGGUCAGGGGCGGCCGCGGCGGCGGUAGUAGUGGUGGCGCUCGCUCUGUGCGGAGGGUUGGUGGAAGUCUCAGAGGCGUUUCUGUCGCCCGUGACGGGGCGGUUGCCGUUCGCGGCGCAGACAACCUCGAGGGCGACCGUAGCACCGGUGGCGGCAAGGGGGUCGUCGUCUGUUGCCGCGGGCCGAAGGGCGGGAGGGAUUUGCAUGUCGGCGGGCAAGACCAUUGAGAUGUACAUGCCGGCGCUGUCGUCGACGAUGGAGGAAGGGACGAUCGUGCAGUGGCUCAAGGAAGUCGGCGACAAGAUCGAGGUGGGAGACCCCGUGAUGGUGGUGGAGUCGGAUAAGGCUGACAUGGACGUGGAGUCCUUCGAGGAGGGGUACCUGGCGGCCGUGCUGACGGAGGAAGGAGACAGCGCCAAGGUCGGGGCAGCCGUCGCCCUCAUCGUUGAGAGCGAGGAGGACAUCGCCGCUGCCCAGGCGGCGGGACCUUCGGCUGCCGGUGGAGCAGCGCCAGCGGAGUCUGCAGACACGGCCGCCGCCCCCGCCGGCGGAGGCGGUGCCGCAAAGCCUGACGUGCCCUACAAGGAGAUCGGGAUGCCAGCGCUGUCUUCCACGAUGACGGAGGGCAAGGUGGUGGCCUGGCUCAAGCAAGAGGGGGACAAGGUUGAGAUGGGAGAGGCGGUGCUGGUGGUGGAGUCCGACAAGGCGGACAUGGACGUGGAGUCUUACGACGAGGGGUACCUCGCGGCCAUCAUCACCGACGAGGAUGACUCACAGGCUGUCGGCGGCCCCAUCGGUCUCCUGGUCGACACUGAGGACGACAUCCCCGCCGUGCAGGAGUACGCCAAGGCCCUCAAGAGCGGGGGGGGGG